CAAACCUGUAGAUUAGCUGAAGUAUCUUGUGUGGCUGGCUAACCACCUCUUAUCCGCGUUUACUUGGACUGCUUCCGUCUGGGCCUUUGGUUUUCGAUUCUCGGGUAGGGAAACGUCCCCGGCUCCAUUUCCACCUUUCCCGGUUGCUUCACCUCCGGAUCCCCGAUUCAUUGCCCAUCGGCGGGGAGCUGGAGCGCCACCGGCACUCCUUUAGAAGUCCAGAUUCCAGAGUAGCAGCAGUUCCAGUCUCCACUCCUGGGAUCUGUAGAGCUUAAUUACCUGCGAGAUGGAGCUGGGUCCAAUAAGUGCCUCGUUAGGUGCCAUGCGCUCCCUUCCACGGAAGCUCCAUGAGCUCCUGGCGACCAAGCACCGGAUUCUGCGGGGGAUUGUGAUGGACGAGAUCGAGCAACUCACAGCUGAUCUUCGCAUCCAGUACAGCUUCAUGCUGGUGCUCUCAACUGCGCAGGACCCUGCUAUGAGUGCGAGGUACUGGAUGAAAGACGUGCGCGAGCUUUCCUAUGACAUGGAGGACUUUGCCGACCAAUUCAUCCAGGCGCAUGGUCGUUCGAAGAUUUUUUCUUUAAAGAGAAGGCAUCAUGCUCAUGGCCGCGCCAAGAUCCGUAGAGCUAUUUUGCGCAAGCUUAUUUAUCGGAUGAAAGACAUGGGCGAGCCGUCCUAUGACAUGGUGAAAUUUGUUGACCAAUUCAUCCAUGCUCAUGGCCGUGCCAAGAUCCGGCGAGCUACUUGCCGCAAGCUUGUUUCUCGGCUCAAGAUUAGCCGCCUUCCAGGCAGGCGGAGGUGGCGCUCAUGGAUCACCAACAUGGUCUCGGAAUUCAGGACUCGAGCGCAGGAGGCGACUCGGCGAUGCCAGAGGUACAAGUUGGAUGAUUGCGUCUCCAAUUCUGGAUAUUCUCGUAUUGGCCAUGAGCUUCCAACUAUGUUGCAAGAUCCUAGUGAUCUUGUUGGCAUAGAAGACGCGAUGGAUGAGCUUGAACGGUGGUUGACCGAUGGAAAAAAGCCCCUCAAGGUGGCGUCCAUCGUCGGUGUCGGGGGAAUCGGUAAGACCACUCUUGCCCAAAAAUUGUGGGGUAAACUCCAUGUACAAUUCGAGUGUGGGGCAUUUGUGAGGACAGCCCAAAAGCCCGAUAUGAGGGGUAUUCUCAGGAACAUACUCUUGCAAGUUCGCCCCCACCAACCACCGGACGCUGGAGAGAUGCACCACCUGAUCAACGACCUUAGACAAUACCUACAAGGCAAGAGGUACUUUGUUAUAAUUGAUGGCUUAUGGGCUACAUCAGUAUGGGAUGUAGUUAGUCGUGCUUUUCCACAGAAUGGUCGUUGUAGCAGAAUAAUAACUACGACAGAAGUAAUGGAAGUAGCUCUCGCAUGCUGUUGUUUUAUACCUGAGCAUAUUUUUAAAAUGGAAGCUCUCAGUGAUAAAGACUCAGAGAAAAUAUUUCUCCAAAGAAUUCUCGUCCCAGGAAAUCAAAGUCCCAAGCAGUUUGAUGAUGUUAUACCUCAGAUUGUGAGAAGUUGUGGUGGCCUGCCACUAGCAAUCAUCAUUGUAGCCAGAAUUUUAGCAAGUCAACCUGAGAAACUAGAACAAUGGGGCAGUGCACACAAUUCUUUUGAGUCCAUUUUUGGGGUAAAUCCUACCAUGGAAGGGUUUAUGGGACAAAUAUUGAACGUUUGCUUCAUUAGUCUGCCACGCUAUUUGAAGACAUGUCUGCUAUAUCUUAGUACAUAUCCAGAGGGCUACCUAUUCUUGAAAGAAGAUUUGGUGAAGCAAUGGGUAGCCGAGGGUUUUAUAUGUGCAAACGAAGGUGAAGACAUGGAGGAAGUUGCCAAGAGAUACUUUGAUGAGCUCGUCAGCAUGGGACUAAUUCAAGUUAUGGACAUCAACUGCAAUUAUGAGUUGUUUUGUUAUUCAGUACACCAGCUGGUACUUGAUCUCAUUACAUACAAGUCUAUUGAAGAGAAUUUCAUCACUGUGGUGGAUUAUUCACAAACAACAAUACCAUUUAAUGAUAAAGUUCGUCGAUUGUCACUCCACUUCGGCAGUGCAACAUAUGCAACUACACCAACAAGUAGCAGAUUAUCACAAGUUCGAUCACUCUUCUUUUCUGGCCUGUUUAAUUGCAUGCCUUCAUUUGUGGUGUUUAAGUUUCUCCGAGUUCUAAACCUUCAUGUUUGGGAUGAUAGUGGAACCACGGAGUUGAACCUUACAGAAAUUUGUGAUCUCUUGCAGUUGAGAUAUUUGCAGGUCACAUGUGAUGUCAUUGUAAAGCUACCAGAUAGGAUUGCAGGGAUGAAACACUUGGAAACAUUGGAAAUAAACGCACGAUCAUGUGAUGUUCCACCGGACAUUGUCAGACAUUCAAGCUUGUUGCAUCUCCGUCUUCAAGGUGCAAAUCUACCCAGUGGAAUUGGGGGCAUCAGAUCUCUGCGUACACUCAUGUACUUUGACCUUGGCAAUAGCUCUGAAGACAGCCUAAGGGGCCUUGGUGAGCUGAUAAACCUGCAGGAUCUUCAUCUCACCUAUUCUUCAUCACCCUCUAGUGAACAUUUGAAGAGAAAUCUGAUAGCUCUGGCCGCUUCAGUCGGAAAACUGUGCAACCUCAAAAAUCUCACUCUGGCUACUGGUGGUACUGCUGCAAGGGUUGUUCUUUUUGAUGGUUCGAGUGACAUGUUUUUGCCCAUGUUUCUUGAGAGAUUUGAGUUGUUGCCUCCCAUUUGCAUCCUUUCCAGACUUCCAGAGUGGAUCGGACAACUCCGCAAAAUCUGCAUUGUUAAAGUUGCUGUCAAUGAACUACCAACUACUGAUAUUGCUAUGCUCACGGGAUUACCUUCCCUCACAGUUCUCUGGUUGUCUGUUCAGACUGCUCCUGAGGGAAGGACCGUCUUCAACAAUAAGGCAUUCCCAGUUCUCAAGUAUUUCAAGUUUACUUGUGGUGUACUUUGCAUGUCUUUCAUGGCAGGAGCCAUGCCUGAUCUUCGUAGGCUCAAGCUGGUUUUCAACACCCAUACCGGGGAGGAGUACGACAACAUGCUUGCUGGAAUUGAGCACCUUUCAAAACUCCAGGAUAUUGUUGUACAAAUUGGAGCUACCACCGGAUCUGACUGGAGGGCUGCAGAAUCAGCGAUUAACGAGGCCGUUGACAAGCACCCAGAAUUUCCUGGACGUAUCUUUCAAUGUGUGGAUCCGAUUGCAGAAGAGUUCCGUCCUUUAGAGAAACAUCAUUGGAGCAACGAAAAAAGCACAUUAGAUGAAAAAAUUGGGGUUUUAGAGAAAUCUAAUGAUAUGAACAAACAUGCUGAUAUUGGGUCAUCUCAACUUCCGAAUCUGCCAUCGACUGUUGCUUCGGGUCGCCUGAAGUCAGGUAGUUUAGUUGAGGAAUCAAAAGAGUGGGCAGCACCAUCAUCGCAACUCGUCGGGCAGGCGACCGGGCUCAUCUCCAAGAUCAUUCGGGCGGUGGAGAUGGCACCCCAGAACAAGCUCGAGUGCAAGCAGCUGGCGCGCCGCGUGUCCGCGGUCCACGGGGUGCUGUCUAGCCUGCCGGCCCACCCAGAGUUGGCGCCACCUCUGCAGAAGCUGAAAAACACGCUGGAGGAGGCGCACCGCAUGGUCAUCGCCUGCCAGAACCGGGGCGCCGCCAGCCACUUCUUCGGAUCCCGCCGCCACGCCGAUUGCUUCAAUCAAGUCAACAACAGGAUUAUCUCCGACAUCGUCAUCCUCAACCUCAGCCUAAUGACCUGCGAAGUCCUUCAUAAUCCCAAUCACAUCGGCGUACCGACUGCCACAAUAGCCACGGCGCCAUCGCUGGGCUGCUCUUCUGCUGGCAUCAUGGACUUGGCAGUUGUGGAGCAUGCGGCCCCGGUGGCGCAGCUCGUCGGGGACGCGGCUGGGCUCAUCUCGAAGAUCAUUCGGGCGGUGGAGACAGCACGCCAGAACAGGCUGGAGUGCGAGCAACUCGCGAGACGCCUGUCCACGGUCGACGGGGUGCUGUCUAGCCUGCCGGACGACCGGGCGUUGGCGCCGCCGCUGAAGGAGCUGAACGACACGCUGCAGGAGGCGCAUGGCCUGGUCCUCUCCUGCCAGAAGCGGAGCUUCAGCAGCCACUUAUUUGCCCGCCGCGACGCCGACAGGUUCAGAGAAGUCAGCGCCAGGAUCGGCUCCCACCUCAGUCUCUUAUCCUUGCUCAUCUAUGCCGCCAUCGCCAGCCGCCUAGAUCGAAUCAGUCCUCCCGCCCACACCGGCGUACCGUCGACCACCACGGUGCCAUCGCUGGGCUAUAGCUCUGGCUCGCUUCAGACUCAGAUGGUGGAACCCGAUGACUGCAGGAUGUUCACGUGGGCGGAGAUUGCAGCGGCAACCAACAACUUCGCCGUCGAGCUCCGCGGAGGUUGGUCGGGGAGGGUGUACAAGGGCUGCCUCCACGAAGGCCCGGAGGUGGCCGUGAAGGUGUUGGACAAGCACGGGCGGCAGGACAUGGAGGACGCGUUCGUGACGGAGCGUGACAUUCUCUCCCCCCUCCGCCACGAACACAUCGUACGCCUCGUCGGCUGGUGCGCCGAGGACGAUGACCGCAUGUUCGUCUACGAGCACGCGCAUAUGAGCAACGGCACGCUUAAAGACCAUCUGCUGCGCGAGCGCGAAGGCGGCUCUAGCUGGUCGCCGGUGACGACGUUCUGGAGAACACGCAUCGAGGUGUUGCUGGGCGGAGCCCGAGCUAUCGAGCACCUGCACGGCGCAGUGCCACGGAUCAUCCACGGCAACGUCAGCUCGUCCAACAUCCUGCUGGACGCGAGCUGGACGCCACGCCUGUCCGGCUUCAGCUCAGCGGUCUUGCAAGCGGAGGGCAAGGAACAGCUCAUCGCUGACACGACGACCCCGGCCAGCGACGUAUACAGCUUUGGUGUGGUGAUGCUGGAAACACUGAUGGGGAUACCGCCGGUGAUCGGCAGCUGGAACAAGGGAGAGGACCCCACCGCGCUGGUGUACUCGAUACUGGACGACCGACUGAAGGCAACGCCGUCCCAGCUGGAGGCGCUGGUGCUCCUGACGCACAUGGCGGCGUGCUGCCUGCGGCCGCAAGGGAAGAACGGGCCGGCCAUGUCGGACGUCGUGGCCAUCCUGGACAAGGCGCUCGCGAUCAUAACUACGCAGCGAUGAGCCUUAACCUAUUACAGGGAUGGUGACGACUCACCAAGAGGUACUCCCUCCAUGCCAUAGACCUCUUACCUUAUGGGACGGAAGGAGUAGUUAAUAACUGCAUGCUGUUCUGAUAGGGUCUUAUUUCUUGUCAGGAUGUGAUCUGAACUAUGUUUUUUUACGGGAAUCUGAAGUGUACGCUUGUGAUCGUGUUUGGCACUAGGGCGUGUGUUUGCUUUGUGCCCCAUAUAUAGCCCCAGGGCCGGUCCUGAGAUUUCAGGGGCCAGAGCAAAAUUAUAACCGGGGGCCCUUUAUACAUCCAACAUUGUGAUCAUUAUGUCAUGUUUAGAUAAAAAAUUUAUACAAAUUGUUCUCAAUUUUUUUUAUCAUGGAGUGCAAAACCAGCUGGUCCACCUAGUUCCAGGAUCUAAUUAUAUAUUAGAGUGAAUUCCAUUUUUUACCUUGUAGUUGUACAUUUGUGACACAUAUUACCCUAUUUAGCGGAACUUUUAUCGAAAUGUCAGAUUUUGAAGACUUUUAA